GUGCCAGUGCCUGGCGUGUGCUAACAAUGGGUUCUCUUCCUUUGCAGAACGGGCAGGCUGCUCCAGAGGAAGGCGGGAACCCUCCAUGCAAGGUGAAGUCAGACAUCACUUGGGUAGAGAAAGAUCUGGUGGACUCUGCAGACAAGGGCGAGGGUGUUGUGAAGGAAAUCAAUAUCACACACCAUGUGAAGGAAGGCUCUGAGAAGGCUGACCCUUCUCAGUUUGAGCUUCUGAAGGUUCUGGGACAGGGCUCUUUUGGCAAGGUUUUCUUGGUGAGAAAAAUAACACCACCAGACAGCAACCACCUCUAUGCCAUGAAAGUGCUCAAAAAGGCAACACUGAAAGUGCGUGAUCGUGUAAGGACAAAGAUAGAAAGGGACAUCCUAGCUGAUGUAAACCAUCCCUUUGUGGUGAAGCUGCACUACGCAUUCCAGACAGAGGGGAAGCUGUAUCUCAUCUUGGAUUUCCUCCGAGGAGGUGACCUUUUCACUCGGCUUUCCAAAGAGGUCAUGUUCACAGAGGAGGACGUGAAGUUCUACCUAGCAGAACUUGCUCUGGGACUUGACCAUUUGCACAGCCUGGGAAUCAUAUACAGAGACCUCAAACCAGAGAACAUCCUCCUGGAUGAAGAAGGACACAUCAAACUCACAGAUUUUGGCCUGAGUAAGGAGGCAAUAGACCAUGAAAAGAAAGCCUACUCCUUCUGCGGGACAGUGGAAUAUAUGGCCCCAGAGGUGGUGAACCGUCAGGGCCACUCCCACAGCGCAGACUGGUGGUCCUAUGGGGUGCUGAUGUUUGAGAUGCUCACUGGCUCGCUGCCGUUCCAGGGAAAGGACCGCAAGGAAACGAUGACCCUCAUCCUUAAAGCAAAACUGGGCAUGCCUCAGUUCCUGAGCGCUGAGGCACAGAGCCUCCUGCGAGCCCUCUUCAAAAGGAACCCAGCCAACAGAUUAGGUUCUGGUCCAGAUGGGGCAGAAGAGAUAAAGCGUCAUCCGUUCUACUCUACUAUUGACUGGAAUAAGCUGUACCGAAGAGAAAUCAAGCCGCCCUUCAAGCCUGCUGUAGGCCAGCCUGAUGACACCUUUUAUUUUGAUACAGAAUUUACAUCGCGUACACCAAAAGAUUCCCCAGGCAUCCCUCCCAGUGCAGGUGCACAUCAGCUCUUCCGCGGCUUCAGUUUUGUGGCCACCGGACUGAUGGAAGACAGCAAGGUGAAACCUGCACAGCCCCCUCUGCAUUCCGUGGUGCAGCAGCUGCAUGGAAAGAACAUCCAGUUCAGCGAUGGCUACGUGGUAAAGGAGGCGAUUGGUGUGGGCUCCUACUCUGUGUGCAAACGGUGCAUUCACAAAGCAACCAACAUGGAGUAUGCAGUCAAGGUUAUUGACAAGAGCAAACGGGACCCUUCUGAGGAAAUUGAAAUCCUCCUGCGAUACGGGCAACAUCCAAACAUCAUUACCUUGAAAGAUGUUUAUGAUGAUGGGAAGUACGUGUAUCUGGUGACAGAACUGAUGAGAGGAGGGGAGCUGCUAGAUAAAAUCCUGAGACAGAAGUUUUUCUCAGAGAGGGAGGCCAGUUCAGUCCUACACACGAUCUGCAAAACAGUGGAAUAUCUGCAUUCUCAAGGGGUAGUUCACAGGGACUUGAAACCCAGCAAUAUUCUCUAUGUGGAUGAGUCAGGAAAUCCAGAAAGCAUUCGUAUAUGUGACUUUGGAUUUGCCAAGCAGCUGAGAGCUGAGAAUGGUCUUCUCAUGACUCCUUGCUAUACUGCAAACUUUGUAGCACCUGAGGUACUGAAGCGACAGGGCUACGAUGAGGGCUGUGACAUCUGGAGUCUGGGAGUCCUCCUUUACACUAUGCUUGCAGGCUGUACUCCAUUUGCAAAUGGACCCAGUGACACUCCAGAAGAGAUCCUGACUCGAAUAGGCGGGGGAAAGUUCUCUGUCAAUGGAGGCAACUGGGACACCGUUUCUGACAUGGCCAAGGACUUGGUAUCAAAGAUGCUUCAUGUAGAUCCUCACCAGCGCCUGACAGCCAAGCAGGUCCUGCAACACCCAUGGAUAACACAGAAGGACAGCUUACCCCAGAGCCAGCUGAAUCACCAGGAUGUCCAGCUGGUAAAGGGGGCAAUGGCUGCCACAUACUCUGCACUGAACAGCUCUAAGCCGAGCCCCCAGCUGAAGCCCAUCGAGUCUUCCAUCCUGGCACAGCGGCGGGUGAAGAAGCUCCCCUCCACCACCCUGUGAGGAUGGGGCAGUGUGGGGUGGUUUCACCAGACUUUGCACAACUACUGAGGUGUGGAAGGGCAUAGGGCAGUUGGUGCCUGCCCCUUGAGGACUUGUUCUCAAAUCCACGUCAAGGCCAAGUGCCUUCUGCAGUAGACUGGCUCCUCCUUGUGUGGACUGAUCUUUGCUGAGAGAACUUCACUGUAAAACUUUUUUGAAGUGUAAAUUGUUGAUUUUUAAAGACAUCCAUCUGUGUAUAUGAGAACUAGAAUAUAUAACUGAUGUCAAGUGGCACUAAAAAGCAGCUCUGAUUCACCCUUUCCCAUGUAGGGCCAGAUAUUUGUUGUAGCUACGUCAUUUCAAAUAAGGUAGGGAUCAUCUAGAGAGAGUCCAGCAGAGGGCCACAAAGAUGAUUAAGGGCCUGGAGCCCAGAACUGGUCGUGGUAUUCCAGAUGUGGCCUCUCCAGGACAGAGCAGAGGGGCAGGAUCACCUCCCUUGUCCUGCUAGCCACACUUUUUUUAAUUCACCCCAGGUUACCAUUGGCCUUCUUUGGCCACCAGGGCACACAGAUCCUCAGAGCUGUGUCAUUUGCCCUGUGACAGGCAAACCAGCAGUACUGUAGCAGGGCUGCAUAUUGGGCCACCUCCUCUCAGGUGUAUUACACCACUUCGCAGUGGGAAAUAAUGAGACCUAGUUAGGACAAGGCAGGAAUCAACAGGAAAGGUGGCAGGAUGUGAUCGGCAGAGGGGAAUUCCUUCUCUCAGGGCAUUUUAAUGUUAAUAGAAACCAACGCUUUGAGGUGAACUGUGCUAGAAGUAAAUCCCAGACCCACUCUCACCUGCAAGCCAGUGCUGGAGCUGCCCCAGUGCUGGCAGAUCAGAAUUGCAGAGACUGUGGGUGCACGAGGGUGUGACUGAAGUCAGCAAAGGUUCUUGUGUGAAUUUCUGCUACGGGCAAGUUUUGAUUAUUAGUUCCCAAUCAACCAAGUGCUGUUACUUUUUUAAUUCCAGUGCUCAAUAAAAAAGGAUGUGUUGAUCUCUG